AUGUGGACAAGCAAGACGUCGGUGGCAGUCCUCGCCAUCGUGGCGGCAACCGCGCUCGCAGGACCCAACUGCCCUCCGCUCGGCCCAGCCUUCGAAAAGCCGUUCACUUUCAACACCAGCUCGGCCAUGCAAUCCGCCAUCGCAAACCUGACGGCAACGCUCACAGCCUGGGACCAGAGCAAUGCGUCGGCCAUCCGCUCCGACAUCACCAGCUACAGCAUCGAGGUCUUCAGCACCAGCAAAGAGCAGCCCCUGAUCUUCAGCUGGCACCACACGGCCCCGUCGCUGCUCGCACCACCAUCACCACCACCACCCACUACAAACUCAUCCAACAACAACAGCAACAGCACAGCUCGCCGUGUCGGCGUGUCCCAGGUCGACACCAACACGGUCUAUCGGCUCGGCAGCCUGACCAAGGUGUUCACCGUGUACACGUGGCUGGUGCAGGACGGCGACAGCAAGUGGAACGAUCCGAUCACGCGCUAUGUGCCCGAGCUGGCGGCGGCGGCGGAGCGGGCGAAACAGCAGGGAGCGGACCCCGUCGCGAAUGUGCCGUGGGACGAGGUCACUGUCGGUGCGCUGGCGGGGCAGUUGAGCGGCGCUAUUCGAGAUUAUGGCUUGAUGGGAGAAGUCACGCAGGAGUUUGAUCAAAACGAGGCGGUCGGGCUGGGAUUCCCGCCGCUGAGCAAGGGGGAUCCGAUGUUGCCCUCGUGUGGCCAGUGGCCGCAGUGCAAUAGGACGGAGUUCUUCAACGGCCUCCUCCGCGCCUACCCGUCCUUCGCGCCCUUCACCACGCCGGCAUACACCAACACGGGCUUCCAGAUCCUGGCCUACGCGCUCGAGAACAUCAAGGGCAGGUCCUUCGAGUCGAUGAUGCAGGAGAGCGUCCUCCAGCCGCUGGGGCUGAGGCACACGUACUACCGCAACGCCCCGGCCGCCGAGGGCAUCAUCCCGGGCAACAAUCUGUCCCAGGCCGAGUGGACCUACCAGCUCGGCGACGAGAAUCCCGCAGGCAACAUGUACUCCUCCGCAGCGGACAUCUCCGCCCUCGGCCGCGCCAUCCUGGCCUCAACCCUCCUCCCACCCGUCCUCACACGGCGCUGGCUCAAGCCCGCAGUCCUGACGUCCGAGCUGAUCGCGGGGGUGGGCUACCCGUGGGGCAUCCGACGCAUCGCCCUCCCGUCGUACGGCGCCAACGGCAAGCGGGUCGUCGACGCCUUCAACAAGGCCGGCCGCAUCGGGUACUACUCGUCUCUGUUAGUGCUGCUGCCGGACUACGACGCCGGCUUCACCGUGCUGCUCGCCGGCGAGGCCAUCCCCGGCAACGCCAACUUCAACCUCGCCGACGUGGUGGGCGCCGCGCUGGUCCCCGCGCUGGAGGCCGCCGCGAGGGAGCAGGCCGAGGCCAAGUUUGCGGGCGAGUACUACCACAACAACGACGGGGGCAAUUCAUCGUCGUCGUCGCGGCUUCGGCUGACGACGCAGUCUGAUCGCCCGGGGCUCGGGAUUGAAGGUUGGGUGAGCAAUGGCACUGACAUGCAGACCGUGGCUGUUGUGCUCCAGGGCGGGUAUGCGCCGGUCAAUCCGAGCAUCCGGCUGUACCCGACGGGGCUGGAGACGGUGCGGAGUGACGGGAGCAGGAGGGUGGCGUUCAAGGCGGUGUUUGAGGACCUGAACCUGCCGGCGAGGGAUCCCGCCCAGGCUAUGUUCUCGACGGAUUGUGGCACGUGGGUGUCGUUUACGGGCGUCACGUACGGGACGCAGCCGCUGGACCAGUUUGUGUUUGAGGUGGAUGCGAAGGGGCAGGUUGUGAGUAUUGAGAACCUCGCGCUGAGGGCUGUGAUGAAGAGGAGGAGGUAGUACGCGGGCGGGUGUGAACUGUGAAGAAGGUCAGGCAGGGCUGAGUGAAGUGAGUGAUGGAAAGAAGCUAAUGCGGGCUGUCUGUGUUUCAUUGUCUUGCUGCUGCUUUCACGCAGCACGCACACAUUCAUUUAUUCUGUCGGGC